AUGUGCCAGAGGUGUCAUGCCCAGCCCGAGACCCUAAGGCACAUUUUAGGGCUUUGCCAGUACACUAAAGGCCUAAGAAUCAAAAGGCAUGACGAGGUAAAAACUCUCCUUGCCAAAAAUUUACAAGUCAACAAUCAAGUAUUUGUCAAGGCUACAAUUAAUAUUGGAGAGAAUCUACUUAAACCGAACCUUGUGGUGAAAAACGAGGUACGGCUUCUCGUGGUCGACGUAACAGUCCGCUACGAGAAUAGAGAUUAUCUCCAAAAAGCAGCAAAAGAGAAGGUCGACAAAUACACUACUUGUCUAAAUGAACUCAAAAAGAGAUACGGCGUCAAUGAGGGAGCUGUUUUGCCGGUGGUGCUCGGCAGUAGGGGGACAAUAACACCAGAAACGAUAAACAAUUUCAAAACACUUGACAUAUCAAAGAAAGACAUGAAAACUAUUAUAAUGAAUGUGUUGCGCAGUUCAAUAGAGACAUGCAACUUGUUUUUAGACAAUUAA